AAUUCUGCGGUUCAAUUCGUAAUUUGAUAGCCGCGUGACAUCUCGACGGCGCGUCCUCGUUGUGUCUGUCCGUCCAUCGCCGCCGCGUCCGUCACAGUCCCUUGUGUCCCCAUGUCGACAGUGAAACAACCCCCCGCCAUGAAUUCGUUCCUGGUCACGAAGAAGAACGAAACCCUCCUUCGCGUGAAGGAAGAAGUGGUUUCACCAAAGCAAACGGCAAUGCCGAUGCCGCCAGUUGCCCCGUGCAAACUCAAGAUCUCUGCCCAAAAUACCCCUGCUGUCGUUAAGAAGCGCAAGAACGUUGUGCAAUCCCCUGUGGGCAGUGAAUGCAGCACCACAUCUUCCUCGAGCAACGCGAGUGCCAAAAAGCGCAAAGCUAGCAACGUCAACGACGACCUCUUUGACAUAAACGACAUGGGCUCGGCCGAAGAAAAGAUUAAGGAAAUGGAGCGCCAGUUGCUCAGCCUCGACCCAGACUCCAAAGAAGCGAAGAAGAAGCGACGACUGAUUCGUAACCGCAUGUCGGCCCAGCUACACCGUGAGCGCAAGAAGGCGUAUGUUGUGCAAUUGGAAGAACAACUCCAAGCCAAGGAUGAUGAAAUGCAAGCUCUCAAGGCACAACUUGAUGCAUUGAAGGCUGAAAAUACGCGCCUGAAGAACAAUGACGUCCCAGCGAUCAAACUUGAACCUCCAUCUGCAUUUGCUGCGAAUACCGAAGAACAAGCUGUCACUGCCUCGGAAUCUGGAGCUUUUGACACUGACGCCUUAAUCUGCGACCUGGAAUGUGAACCAGACCACUGGGAUUCGUCGAUCUUGAAUGAUUUGGACUCGGAUAUGCUGGAAUUCCCCGAGCCGACUGUGACCUCUGCUGUGCCCUCUCUGGCCCCCCGAAAGCCAACGGAAAUCCACGAUUCGUUCGUUGCUAAGAAGAACCUUGCGAUGAUGAUGGCAAUUGUGUUCUCCAUGACAUUUUUUGGUGGCAUGAUGUCGAUCUUUGACACGAUUUCCUCCGCGUCUGGAUCUGGAUUUUGCUCGUAUUUCAAGUCGUACUCGCCCAAGCUUCUGGGCGAAAUGAGCGUGAAGUCGCGAGUGUUGUCGGAUUUGGAAGGCACCGCAUGGAUGGAUUUUCCCGAGAUGAACGAUGAGCCAGCGCAAGAAAGCAAUUCGUCGUCUGACCACAACCAGUAUUCUCAUGGCAUUCCAAUGGACGACUUGUUUGACGAUAUCUCCAUGUCGUUUGCGAUGCCGCUCGAAGAAGAAGAAGAGGAAGAAGAAGAUGACUUGAUGGGCAGCGACAACGGCUCCACGUCGGAAGAAGACAGCGGCUCGGACAGCAACUAUGUGAAGCCUGCAAAGCUCGUGCUGACCAAGAAAGAUAUGAGCUAUGCCAACCUGACCCGCCUGUGGUGCGAAAAACGCAGUGUGUUGUGCACAUUGGCUUCUGCUGGUGAAGAACUGAAGCACGCUGUCGUGGAUUUGAGUCACGUUAAGGACUCGAUCACGAUGGAGGCUUCGUUUGCCGAAGUGCUGGCCUCGUUUACCACGGGCGAUGAAGACCCCAAGGUCCUCGGGUCAACCGAGAAGCAAGUGCUGAGCUUUUUGUACCCCAUGGGGGUCUUCUCGAGGGACGAUGCAACCACGGUCUCGGCCGUGCUCGAGCCGCUUCCGUUCAUGGAAGUCGCUUGUCAUAUUUAAUUCGUCGGUCGUCAUCCCCCCCGUAUAUAUUAUAGAAGACCCCCGUAUAUUAUUCUUUUUCAAACAGUUCUAGUCGUAUCGUUCUCCG